GCCUGGGCUGCUUCUCUUUUGGCUGCAGGAGCAGAGCGGGCCGGAAGCCGCGGAUCGUGCUGCGGGCUCGCGGUUGUCCCAGGCGGGACGGAGCGGAACGGCUCGCGGCGCUGACCCCUUCCUCUUUGGCCCGCGGAAGCCAAGGCGCUCAUGGCGGGUCUAGAAGUCCUUUAUACGUCGGCUGCGCCGUCCAUCACCUGCCCGCAGGACGCGCUCGUCUGCUUCCUACACUGGGAGGUGGUGACCCAAGGCUACCACGGCCUCGGCGCCGGCGACCAGCCAGGUCCCAAUGAUAAGAAGUCAGAACUGCUGCCAGCUGGGUGGAAUAGCAACAAAGACCUAUAUGUUAUCCGGUAUGAGUCCAAAGAUGGCUCCAGAAAGCUCCUGAUGAAAGCCGUCACCAUAGAGAACAGCAUGAUCAUCAACGUGCUGGAAUAUGGCUCACAGCAAGUGGCAGACUUGACUCUGAACUUAGAUGAUUAUAUCAGUGAUGAAGAUCUGAGUGACUUCCACAGGACUUACCGAAACAGUGAGGAACUUCGGUCUCUAAUUGCAUCUGGAAUCCUCACACCCAUCCAUGAGCAGUGGGACAAGCCUAGUGUAAGCAGUGUCCCGAGGGAGUUCCCACCUGCCACUGCAAGAGAGGUAGACCCCCUCCGGAUUCCCCCGCACCACCACCCCCAAACCAGCCAGCAGCCUCCCUGGUGUGAUCCCCUGGGCCCAUUUACUGUCGGGGGAGAAGACCUAGACCCCUUCGGGUGCCGGAGAGGUGGCAUGAUUGUGGAUCCCCUGAGAUCUGGCUUUCCACGAGCACUCAUUGACCCAUCUUCGGGCCUCCCAAACCGGCUUCCUCCCGGCGCUGUGCCCCCAGGAGCUCGUUUUGACCCCUUUGGACCCAUUGGGACCAGCCCAUCCGGACCUAACCCAGACCAUCUCCCCCCACCUGGCUACGAUGACAUGUACCUGUGAGAUCCUCAAGAAUGUAACAUCCCAGUCCUUCCUCCACUGUCCAGGAGCUGCCGCCACUGGCCCUGUCAGCAACAGUGUUCUGGCAGGCUCGGAGCAAGGGACUCUGCCUGUAUGUUUGCAGGCUGGCUGGGAUUGCCUCGCCCUCCCUUGUCACAGCCGAGGCUUCUGCUGCAGCUCUCCACCCGGCUGCAUAUAGGUCCCGAAGAGAAAUCAGUAUGUCCACACACCACCAGCUCCUCCCCUCGUCCAAGGGAGACUCCGGCAGCAGUCCCGAUGCAGUCCCACUCACAGUGGUAUAAGAACAAAAUGCAUUUUGGAUGUUAUAAUUAAGAACCAAAUGUCAAUACAGAAUUCAUGUUGCCGGAC